AUGAGCCACCCCACGUCAGACGACGAUGUCGAGCAAGCCAUGCCUCAGAUUGCCGACAGUGGAUUGAAAGUCACACGUGUCUGGGCAUUUGGGAACACCAACAGUGGUACCGAUCAGCCUGUGUACUUUCAGUUCCUCGAUACGGCCAAGAAAACCAUCACUAUCAACACUGGGGCCAACGGCAUUGCGCGCCUCUACGCCGCCGUCACUACCGCGGAGAAGCACAGCAUUCACCUAGUACUGCCGAUGUUGAAUAAUUGGGGUGACCGGGGCAGCAUUAAGACCUACCGUGCUUACUUUGGAUGGACCCAUGCAGAGGCCCAGCAAGCCUACAAAGACUAUGUCACUUUCAUCGUCGAUCGAUACAAGGACUCCCCAACUAUAUUUUCCUGGCAGCUCUACAACGAGGCUCCAGUGUCAGAACUGCAAAAGCGGUGGUGGCUCUGUUCGGACGACACCAGUCUCGUCUACGCGUACUCUUUCUCCGAGGGUAUUGAUUUCGAAGCCAAUCUGAAGAUCCCCACACUUGACUACGGGACGGUACAUAUAUACCCCAUCGGUUGGAGUUACACGUACCCUUGGGGCGACCAAUGGAUUCGUGGCCAUGCAGCACUGGCACUCAAGUAUAGCAAGCCCAUCGUUCUGGAAGAAUACGGUGUCGAGAGCACAACCUCAAACCGCACGGCUGUGCUGAAGGAGUGGCAACAAACCAUCCUGGACAGCGACAAUACGUACGACAGCUUUUGGCAAUUCGUGACGAACUUUCCCAAUGGUGCGAAUACUUACGACGACUACGCGAUUUUCUAUGGUACAUAA